GAGAGGAGCGAGCGGAAGGAGAACAGUGACAGCAAAACAAGCGGGAGAAGACGCACGAGCGCUACUUCUUUUGCUUCUUCUUCUUCUUCUUCUUCUUCUUCUUCUUCUUCUUCCCUUCAAGUGGAAAGCGAGAGAAGAAGAAAGUGAGAGAGUGAGUGAGAGAGAGACAGAACUCUCGCCGCUUCAUGUCGCUUCCCGGCUCCCCUCCGCUGCUCUCGCUGCCGGGCUCGGGCGCCCCGACUCCGGCCGCGCUCUACCGCUCGGCGCCGGACGCGCUCCACACCUCCGUCAGCUCCACCGGCACCUCCAGCCCGGGCCACACCAACUCCCACGCGCACUCCCACGCGCACUCCCUGUCCCCGUCGCCGCGGCUCACCAGCAGCAUGCUCAGCGCUUUCCUGCCCGGACCAGGGGGCACGCUGGCCGGAUUGGGCAACGGCGGCGCCGCCCCGGUCAUGUCCGGAGGCGGCGGCGCCGCCGCUCUGGGACCCCUCGGCGGGCUCGGCUCGCUCAACACUGCCGGCCUGACCCCCGGCUCCCCCGGCAUGGCGCAGACCUCCGCCAGCCCGGGUCUUUGCAGCGAGUGCAAGCUGGUGGAGGUGCACGGCGUGAAGGUGGCCAGCUUCGGCGUGGACGGCCAGGAGCUCAUCUGCCUGCCGCAGGUGUUCGACCUCUUCCUGAAGCACCUGGUGGGCGGGCUGCACACCGUCUACACCAAGCUCAAGAGGCUGGACAUCGCGCCGGUGGUGUGCACCGUGGAGCAGGUGCGCGUCCUGCGGGGGCUCGGCGCCAUCCAGCCCGGCGUGAACCGCUGCAAGCUCAUCUCCAGGAAGGACUUCGAGAUCCUGUACCAGGACUGCACCAGCGCCAGCUCUCGUCCGGGCCGUCCUCCGAAGCGUUGUUCUGGUGCAGGGAUCCAGGAAAGCCCCAGGCUGCUGCACCCGGGCCUCCCCGGCCUGCUGUCCCCCAACCUGCUGUCUCACACCGGCCUGACAGCAGCAGCCAUGGCCGAGCUCCAGAAGCUGCAGAAGAUGAAGAUGAUGAUGAGUCUCCAGAACGGCAACGAGUCGGACAACGACGACUUGCACUCCAACACAGGAGGCAGCGAGUGUUCUUGGGAUAAGGAGCGUCUGACCAGCCCUGUUGGAGCCCACGGCGGGGGAGCAGGAGGUGGAGGAGGAGGUGGGAGGGGGCCGGUCCUCGGAGCUGUCAAUCAACAACAACUCCAGCAGCAGCAACAGCUACUGGCCAACAGGUUGGACCUGCCCUUCAUGAUGAUGCCCCACCCCCUGCUGCCCAUGGGGCUGCCUCCGGCCUCGGUAGCGAUGGCCAUGUCGCAGAUGAACCACCUCAACACCAUCGCCAACAUGGCCGCCGCAGCCCAGCAGAUACACACUCACGUGCACAGGGCGCCGGUCAUCAAGGAGAGAGUGUGUGACAGUCCCUCUCUCUCUCCAUCUGUUGAUGAGACCAACACUCCUCUGCAGUCGCAGCCCAGCAGCUCGGCCUCCAGCUCGCCCGAAAGACUUGGAUUGGUGUCAAUGGAUGCAGAUGUUGCACUGACCAACCCGACUGCACCCAUCAAGAAAAUAACAAAGGACAAAGACGAGUGCUCGCUGGGUCAAGCCCUGCCCCCUGGCUUCCCUGCUCCGUUCCUAUUCGCUGACGGCCUGUCGUCAGUGGAGACCCUCCUCACCAACAUACAGGGCCUGCUGAAGGUCGCGGUGGAGAACGCCCGGGUUCAGGACAAACACAUCCAGACGGAGAAGAGGGAGCUGAAGAUGGAGCUCUACAGAGAACGAGAGAUGAGAGAGAGCCUCGAACGGCAGCUCACCUCCGAACUGCAGAGCCGAGCCUCCAUCCAGAAGCGCCUGAAGAAGGAGAAGAAGGCCAAGAGGAAGCUGCAGGAGGCGCUGGAGUUCGAGUCCAAGAGGCGGGAGAGAGUGGAGGGCGUUCUGAAGCACUCGUCCUCGUCCUCCCCGUCUCCGGAGCCGCUGCACGCCGCCAACAACAACCAGAACGACGCUGCUGCAGCCGAGGAUAAACCUGAACUUAAUGGGAACCAGCAAGACAACGGCGCUGUGCAAGACUCCCGGUCGUUUCUGAAGAACCCGAUGAUGUUCUAGGGAGACGGACCCCGCCUCCUGAAGCCCCGCCUCCCGAAGCCC